AUGUUUUUGUCUUGUUUGGCUAUAUUAACCACAUUUUUAUUUGUUCGAUUUGCAACUAAAUUGUAUAGAUCUUGCUUGAACCCAAUGAAUUAUCAUAAGUACUUUGGUCAUCUGUGUUUUCGAAAUUCUGGCUUUAAACCCAAAUCUUUAUUUGGAAGACGUUACCUCACUAAAGGGGCUGUGACACGAGACUUGAAUACUUCUGACUCCCAAAAAAGUGAAGGGAAUAUUUCAAACAAAGAUAUGUCCGAGAGCCCCUCAGAUUAUGUACAUCCCGAAAGCGGUGAGAGAGGAGGACCUCGUGGCCCAGAACCAACGCGAUAUGGGGAUUGGGAACGUAAAGGACGUUGUAUCGACUUCUAA